AUGAUUCUCUACGGGACAGUAUUCCUCUUUUUAAUCAUUGGAGCUUGUCAUGGACAAGUGCCAAAUUUUAAUUUGUUAGACGGCAACGAAAUUCCUGCAAUUGGAUUCGGCACUUACUUGAUGACUGAUCAACAAGAAUUAGACACUGCGGUCAUAACAGCCCUAGAAACAGGAUAUAAAUACAUCGAUACAGCUUACUUUUACAAAAAUGAAAAAACCAUCGGAAAAUUUUUGAAAAAGUGGUUUGCGAAAGGAGGUUCACGUGAAGAUCUUUUCAUAAGCUCAAAGUUGCCACUGGGUGCUAUGAGAGCAUCGGAUGUCGGAAAGGUCACACUUGGCAAGGUGAAGUCAAUUGGUCUCAGUAACUUUAACAAAACUUAAAUAUUGAGGAUAUGGGGCAAUUCGGAAAUCAAACCAUCUAAUGUUCAGAUUGAAUUGAACCCCUAUCUACAGCAAGAUUAG